AUGCUGGCACUCUCCCUGUCGAAAACCAAGAGAGGAUGCGAUUUUAUGCAAAAAGGAGAAGCAAGAAAAGAAUUCAAUGCGGAAAAUUUAUUUUCUUUAUGCUCUAAUUAUGAGUUUGUUCUUGUACUUGUAAAAUCAUUCAGUCGCGUAGAACUAAAGAAAAAUCAAAGAAGCAUAAAUGAUACUGAAACGACUUUCGAUGAAAAAAUAUCAACGAUUUAUCCCACUGAUUUUAAAAUCCUACGAUGUCGCGUUGUGGAGUGA